AUGAAUGAUGGGAUGCAAGAUUUAUGCGAAGAGUUGAAGUUUGAUCUCGUUUCCUACUCACCAGGGCCAUUUCCCGGAGCUUUUGCUGCCUCUAAAGGAGGAGUUUUGGACGAGGUUAAAUCAAUUUUUGAACGUCACAGACAUCGCCCAGAACGCCGCCGUCAUACCGUCUAUGUCCGUCUUCCAUGUGACUCAAUAAUUACUGAGAUCUCUGUCCGUCUUCCGCCCGAAACAGCAGCGUCAAUCAACGACGUCCUCAAUGCCGAUUUCUCCUUUUACGUCGGCGGUAGCCAGAAAGACUCAAACAUUCGACGGCUGGGCGAACUCUACCACGAGACCUCGCCGCUCAGCUGCUCUUGGCUCUUUCAAUACAGAGACAUUUCUUCAACCAUCUUGGAGAAAACGGAAAGUCUAAUUCCGUCGAAUGCCCUCGUCAUAGAAUCGGAUAUAUGCGGCCACAGCUUUGACAGUGGAUCGAUGAUCCUAGAGCUGCGAGGCACAGCUGCUCCGGAUAUCGUCAAAAAAUUCAACCGAGUUCGAGCGGAAAACAGCCAGCUUCAAGCUCACAAAAUGACCCUCAAAUAUCUUCGCUCAAACGGCUACGUCGAUGCUUACAGAGCUCUUCUCUCCAGUUCAGACGGAAGAAAACUCGAAGCAAGCAUAGUAACGAGGCUGUUCGAGGAACUAGUGACAGAAGGAAACUAUCAAUCAGUCGAGAAACUUCUACAAGAUCCAGAAUUUUCCGAAGUUCUUGUUCAAAAAACACCGAUAGGUGCAUGGAGAAGAAUCAAAAUGAAAAAAGUGACUGACUCGUGGCCGGCCCCUCGUGGAGGCCAUCAAAUGGUUACAUAUAACUCAAAGCUGUAUCUCCACGGCGGCUGGACAGGAACAUCCGAGCUCGGGGACUUUUGGCAGUACGACUUCCUCUCCGAACAGUGGAAAAUGGUCACUAACGAUGCUCAAGUUCAAGACGGCCCUUCUCCUCGCUGUUGUCACAAAAUGGCGAUCGACAGAACAAGCGGCACGAUUUUUUUCCUUGGUAGAUACGUAGACAAUAUUGGUCAACAAAAGAAACGCAUUCCAAACGAUUUCUACAAAUACGAAAUCAACUCGAACAAAUGGGCUUUGAUCUCUGAAGAUGUCGAAAAAGAAGGAGGGCCGCCGCUGAUCUACGAUCAUCAGAUGCUGUUUUCUGAAAAGACGGGCGAUUUGGUCUGCUUUGGUGGGCGGGUCUUACAAAGGACGACAAGAAUCGAGGAUUUUAGUCUUGAUGAUUUUCAACCGACGAGUCCAAUCCGCUCCAAUUAUGGCAAUUUCUACAAAUGGAAUUCGCAUCAUAACUCGUGGACUCUCGUGGAGACUCCGAUAAUCCCGCGAAAUUCGCACGCAAUGACCCUAGACCAGUCCUCUGGGAUUCUUUAUAUCUUGGGCGGUCUGAAAAGGUCCUUUGGCGCCACCAUGUGGACUCACGCAGAGGGCAUUUUUCCACCAACAAAAGCGACAAAUUCGCGUUCUUGUUGGCUCAGCGGUCCAGUCCAGCAGAACUUACAAAAAGUCAAGAAACGCAACCAUCGAUGGUCUGGCCAUGUGGAUCUAUUCCAUAGACAAGAAACAGUGGCGGAUAAUGAAACAUAA